AUGGUCACACAGACUAGGGACGGCCACACAGAUCAGUCCGUGUUACUGGGUAAGACCAGUGACGGUCACACAGAUCAGUCUGUGUUACUGGGUCAGACCAGUGACGGUCACACAGAUCAGUCUGUGUUACUGGGUCAGACCAGUGACGGUCACACAGAUCAGUCUGUGUUACUGGAUCAGACCAGUGACGGUCACACAGAUCAGUCUGUGUUACUGGGCCAGAGCAGGGACGGCCACACAGAUCAGACUGUGUUACUAGGUCAGACCAGUGAUGGUCACACAUAUCAGUCUGUGUUACUGGGUCAGAUCAGUGACGGUCACACAGAUCAGUCCGUGCUACUAGGUCAGACCAGUGACGGUCACACAGAUCAGUCUGUGUUACUGGGUCAGAUCAGUGACGGUCACACAGAUCAGACUGUGUUACUAGGUCAGACCAGUGAUGGUCACACAUAUCAGUCCGCGUUACUGGAUCAGACCAGUGGCGAUCACACAGAACAGUCCGUGUUACUGGGUCAUACCAGGAACGGUCACAAAAAUUCUAGUCCGCGUCACUUGGCCUGUCCAAGGAUGGCCAUACAAAUCAUAAUCCAUGUUACAAGGUCAGACCAGGGACGAACACACAGAUCAUAG